AGGAAGCUAUUUUAGGAUGUACACUUUCUAAGGCUAAUAUCACGGUUGACCCUUGAAAGAAGGGAUUUCAUAUCCAAAACUGAUCCUCCAAUUCCUCCAAUUGACAACUCACGCCAACACUCCCCCUCAAGUUGGUGCAUACACAUCUGUAAUGCGCAACUUGUCAAGCGAGUUGUAGAAGAUUUUGCUGGAAACAACCUUUGUAAGUAUGUCUGCAAGUUGGUCUUCAGAUUUAACAAAUGGAAAACGAAUUAUCUUGGCUUUGAGAUUCUGUUUGAUGAAAUGUUGAUCCAUCUCAACGUGCUUAGUACGAUCAUGUUGAACUGGAUUAUGAGAGAUAUCAAUGGCCGCCUUGUUGUCACAAAACAAGUUCAUCUCGGAGCUAGGAGCAAAGCCAAUCUCAGUAAACAACCUUUUAAGCCAAAGAAGUUCACAAAGACCUUUGGACAUUCCUCUGAACUCAGCUUCAGCGCUGGAAAAUGCCACUACAUUUUGCUUCUUGCUCCUCCAUGUAACCAAAUUUCCUCUCACGAAGACAGAUCUUUAAGGGAAGGUAUUUCCCCGUACAUCAUUCUGGCAUGCCAACGCUAGUAGCCAAUCCUCAUGGGCUUGGACGAGCAUAGUCUGGGCCCGAAAACUAAUUGAUAAGGGAUGACCGAUCUGGGAAAGAUAUGCAUGUUUGGGAAGACCCUUGGUUGUCCAAGAAUACUGAUUUCAGAAUUAAUGGAACCACACCUAGAAGAGAGGACAAAAAGAAAGUUGCUGAUCUUAUUGAUUCUGAUACGAAGUCUUGGAAGAUUUCUCUAAUCCGUAAGACCUUCAAUCAAGAGGAUGCAGAUGCGAUUCUCUCCAUUCCUAUCAGUUAUACUCGCCAAAGAGAUCGUAAAAUUUGGCACCCAUCCCCGAAUGGGACCUUCUCAGUCAAGUCGGCUUACUGUCUAGCGAAGGAAAGUUCAAGUUCUCAUCACAACCUUCAGGAAGGCCAAACAAGCUCCUCAAGCAUCUUAUCAACAGUGUGGAAGAAGCUAUGGGGACUUUCAAUCCAUCCGAAGGUGAAGAUAUUUAUCUGGAAAUGUUUUAAUAAUGCGGUGGCAACAAAUUCAGCAUUGGUCUCACGCAAAGUCAGAGCUGACCCAGUUUGUACUCGCUGUGGUAAAGCGGAUGAGUCAAUCUCACAUGUUCUUUUUUAGUGUGAGGCUACAAUCAAAGUUUGGAUCCACUCUCCAUUUUGGCUAAGACUUGAAGAAUUGCUCGAUUGUAGGAACAUGGUUGAUUGGUGGGUAUGCAUCUACGAUCGUAUAACACAGAGUCGUUUGCCCUCUCCCUUCCUAGGUAUGACUUUACUUUAUUGUUGGUGGAUAUGGCGAGCAAGGAAUGAUUUUAUUUUCAAUGGAAUAGUUUGGGCAACGGAUGCUGUUAGUAGGAAAGCGCAAGGUGAUUUUUAUGAGUUUCAGGACGCUAACACUAAGGUCCCCCAUCCCCCAUUGAGUUCCUCUUUGAUGGGGACCUUGGUGUGGCAGCGACCUAAAAUGAAUGUGCUAAAGAUAAACGUCGAUGCGGCGAUUUGUAGGAGCUCAAAUACUAUUGGCACAGGAGCAGUGGCUCGAAGGGAUAAUGGUCAGGUUAUAGGUAUUUUUAUAGCUAUUCAUGAUGGAAUCAACUCGUCUAGAAUUGCUGAAGCUUUGGCCAUUCGCAAUGGGUUAAAACUGGGGGCUGCUCUAAAGCAUCCUAAGGUGCAUAUUGAAUCGGACGCGGAGGCGAUUGUAAGGAGUUGCAGUGAUGAUCAAGUCCCUCCCUCCGAUAUAGCAGUAGUUAUUCAUAAUUGUUUAGUCUUUGAAGAAAUCUUUCACUUCCUGUGUUUUUGGCUUUGUUAAACGUGAAUGUA